GUACACCUCGAGGCUCCAUUUUGGUGGCUAAGCUGCCGCUUCAGCGUUCAAAGCUCCGCGGGAAAACAGCCGCGUUAUGAGCGCUCGUCGUGUUUUUCAGGCCGAAUAAGGCGUGUGUGACUUCCAUAGGCGCAGGAAACGGUCGUGGUAUCGAAAAAUGUCCGUAACUGCCGGUUUUUGAGGAGUCCGAGGGCUGAAAGCGCAGCGAGCCGCUGCCGGCGCCGCGCUGCUGUCCGGCCCGGCGGGGGCGGCUUUUGUUGCUGUUGCUGUAACUAAUAUUUUCCCCCGAAUACGAGCAGAUAUCUCCCUACAGCCGUGCCAUCAUUUCUGUGUGAAGCCGAGGAGCCGUCCCGUCGAAGCCACAAAUGGACGGUGAAGAUGAAGUCUUCUCCGGGAGUCACUCAGAUGAUGGCAGCGCCACCCCUGUGCAGGACGAGAAUGCGGGGUCAGACGCUGAGGAGGAAAUGAGAGGAGGGUCGCACCAGUCUGAGGAUGAAGGCAGUGAUAGAGAAGAUGCAGCACCCCCAGCUGGCGACAGCGGAUCGGAACAUGAGGACGGCGGUGGAGGUGGGGCCAGCGAUUCAGAGCCGGAGCGCCCCCGCCCUGCUGACAGUGAUGAUGAUGACGAAAGCUCCCCGCCCAAGCGCAGGGGGAGCACAUCGGAGACGGAGGAGCAGCAGAAAGCUCAGGCCAGCGAUUCAGAUGAGGAGCCUCAUCGAAGGAGGCAGAGCUCUGACUCAGGCAGCGACUCAGACGGAGAGAAAGCCAAACAGAGCACGCGGAGAGAUUCUGAAGGAGAAGACGGAGAAGAGAGAAAGGAGGAUGAAGAAGAGGGAGGGAGGAAAGCGGUGAUCAACUCAGACAGUGAGGAAGAGGAGGAAAGGAAGCCUAAAGAAGAUGUAGGAAGUGAUCAGGAUGAAGAACGUCCUCGACAAACUCUGGCAGACAGCGAUGACGAAGAGGAGAAGAAGCCAGUGAAAAGGAAAAAGGCCAUUCUGUCUGACAGUGAAGAUGAGGAAGAAACGAAAGCUGUGAAGAAGAGCAGAGCAGUGUCAGAUGAUGACUCUGAUAGUGAUGAAGGCUCAGAGGCUCCAGAUAAAACUGUUGCAGCAAAACUGAGAGAGCUGGGCUCAGAUAGUGAGGAAGAAGAUGACCGGCUGAAGAUGGACACAGGGAAAAAAGAUGAGAAAACACUGUUUGGCAGUGACAGCGACUCGGACAACAAUGAGGAGGAGAAAAUGAUAGCAGACAUCUUUGGAGAGUCGGGCGACGAGGAAGAAGAGGAGUUUACGGGCUUUAAUCAGGAGGAGCUGGAAGGAGAGAAGCAGCAGGUAAAGGCUGGAGGGCGCAAAGAAGCAGCUGAUGACUCCGACUCAGAUGAUGAUGUGGACCGAGGAGGAAAAGACAUGUCAUUCAUGUCUGAUUUUGACAUGAUGCUGGCCCGUAAGAAAGCUCAGAGCGGCAAACGCAGACGGCAUAGAGACGGAGGAACGUUCAUCAGCGAUGCAGACGAUGUGGUCAGCGCCAUGAUCACCAAGAUGACCGAGGCUGCAGAGGAGGAUCGAACACUGAACAGUCAGAAGAAGCCGGCGCUGAAGAAGCUGAUGCUUCUACCCACAGUAGUGAUGCACUUAAAGAAGCAGGAUCUAAAGGAGACAUUUAUAGACAGCGGUGUGAUGACGGCUAUAAAAGAGUGGAUCAGUCCUCUGCCUGAUAAAAGUCUCCCGGCGUUAAAGAUCAGAGAGGAACUACUCAAGAUCUUGCAGGAGCUGCCAAGCGUAAGUCAGGAGACUCUGAAGAUGAGCGGAAUUGGCCGAGCUGUUAUGUUUCUUUACAAGCAUCCUAAAGAGUCACGGGCAAACAAAAAUCUUGCUCUCAAACUCAUCAAUGAGUGGUCGCGGCCCAUCUUUGGCUUGUCGUCUAAUUAUAAGGGCAUGACGAGGGAGGAGAGGCAGCAGAGAGACCUGGAUCAACAGAUCGCCCCCCGCAGACGACUCAGUGAGCCUCAGAAGGUUGAGAGGGCGGAGGAACCCGACGUCUUUGGGUCGCUCAGUUCAGGGGGACAGACUCCUCGGAGAGAUCUGGAGAAGGUGUUGACCGGAGAAGAGAAAGCUUUGCGGCCAGGUGACCCUGGGUUUUGUGCGCGGGCGAGGGUGCCCAUGCCCUCCAAUAAGGAUUACGUUGUGCGGCCCAAAUGGAAUGUGGAGACCGACUCCAACCGGGGUCCUGUGAGGAAGAGUUUAUCACGUGUAGAUAAACAGAUGCGGCGCUUUGCGGACAUCCGACGGCUCACGAAGCCGGGUCACGCGGUGAAGAUCAGUGUGGAGGGGAACCGCAUGCCCCUCUGAUCCUGCACACGCAGCUUCCUGUGCGUUUCUGUUUGUUUUUGUUUUUCUAUGAUGGUGUAAGUGCGACUGUAUGAUACUGUUGUAGGUGUAUUAAGAUGAGCUUUUCAGGGAUGAUGGAGCUACACGGACUGUAAUAUAGCAGCGCAUCAGCGCUCUUUAUCAGGCUACGGGGAAAACGCGCCGCUGAGAGUGGCCGUCGUCGACCUUGUGCUGGUGCAGAUGUAACUUUGAUAAUAAAGACUUUCCACGUUCUUCGCUUUUA